AUGAUAGUUGUAGGAGUAAUUGGUGUAGACAAGGUAGUUACAGAACAUAUAUUCAUGUUCUUUAUGAAGAAUUUUGGAUUUAAGGGAAUAAAACUGGUAAAUUGUGAAAAAAAAUGCAAUUUGGAUGAGAAGACAGUGGAUAAAUUAGAAUCAACCACCCAGUUUGAAAACGACUUGUUGACCAGUGCAAAUAACAAUAAUUUAGUGUUUAAAGAAGUUUGCUUUUGCGGAAGUGAGACUGGAGAGUCCCAAGAAGAGUGGAUAAAGUUCAGAGCAACGAAAGCUUUUAUGAUAGCAACUUCAAAUUUGAAUUCAAAUUAUGUUAUUUCAAACUUAACGAAAGAGAGUGAAUUGGAUAUUUUUUCAGAAACAUUGUUUGUUAGUUUGGCUGUUGACAUGCCUUUGAUUUACAAAUUUCCCAUGUUAUUAGAGAAUCAAAAUAUCGAAAGUAAUAUAAAGAAUGAAAAAACUAUAGACAUAUUAAAUAAUAAUCCGGAAAAACUAAAAGAACUUGUUUCAUUAUUGGUUCAAGAUUUGGAUGAGAAGAAGAAUGGUAUUUCUAAACUUUUAAGGAGAUCUGAUUAUUAUAUCAGUUAUUUUAAAGAUUUUUCUGAUUUAGAGACUAAGCUGUUUAACCUUGGAUUAUCUAAAAUAGAUUCACGACCAAACUGGGAUGAAUAUUUUAUGAAAAUUGCCAAAAUAGCAUCUCAAAGAUCUAAUUGUAUUACAAGAAAAGUCGGAUCAGUAAUUGUUAAAAAUAAAAAAAUUAUUAGUACAGGGUACAAUGGGACUCCUAAGAAUAUGAAAAAUUGUUUCGAAGGUGGAUGCACAAGAUGUAUUGACCCAAAUAGGGUUGAAGGGAAAUCUCUAGAGGCUUGUUCGUGCAUGCAUGCAGAAGCAAAUGCAAUGUUCUUUGCUGGAAUUGAAAAGUGUAUUGGGGCAACAAUAUAUGUUACAUUGAUGCCUUGUCUUUCAUGUACAAAAAGUAUUAUACAAUGCGAAUUUGAAAGGGUUGUAUUUAUUAAAGACUACGCAAUUCCGGGUAAUAUUUCUACCAUUAAAUUGCUCCGAAAUUCAAAUAUUAAAGUGGAUAGAUUCUUAGAAAAACAGUCUUUUCUAUGA